AUGAUGGAGGCUGUUGAAGCCGGCCCCUUGCUGGAGCAGGAUGAUGGCCUGGAAUACCAACUGCCAAAGCACCAUCGCUGUGCCUGUCAUCUUCUGAACCUGGUGGCAACAGUUGAUGUCCAAGCAGUGAAUGAAGACCGGAUCUACAUAAAGCUCUCUCGCUCAUCAUUUGCAAAGUGCCAGGCUCUCUGGAACAAGAGCAGCAGAUCCACCUCAGCUACAGAGAUAAUUGAAGAACACUGCAAACUCCAGCUCCUGAGGCCUUGUGAAACAAGGUGGAAUUCUCUCUUCUAUGCUGUUGAGAGGAUUGUACGGAUUGUGAAAGAACAAGGAGAAGCAGCCAUUGCAGCGAUCUGCAGCACGCUGAAGAUUCCGAUGUUCAGUCCUGCCGAGAUUGCUUUUCUCACAGAAUAUGCAAAGACCAUGAGCCCAGUUGCAAAAGCAGUUGAUGUUCUUCAGGCUGAGGCAAACGUGCAGAUGGGGUGGCUUGUACCCACCAUCACACUGCUCAAGUCCAAGCUCCAGAACCUUCACACCACCUCCAAGUACUGUGGGCCAUUGGUGGAUGCUCUUCAAGCAGGGCUUGAACGUCGCUUUGGAGAGACGCUUGCUGAUCCAGAGCUGAUUGCUGCUGCCAUUCUUGUCCCCAAGUUCAGGACACGCUGGACUACUGAUGAAGGCAUCAUUAAAUGUGGCCUUGACUACAUCGAAACCCACCUGUAG